AUGGCUGAUCUCGCGAGCCGCAUCACCAAGCCCGACGACAAGCCGGCCGACGCUGCUCCCGCAUCCGGCACCGCUACCGAUGCGACGCCGACUACUGAUGCUACGCCGACUCCUGAUGCUCAGGUCGACGGCGCGCCCGAGGCUCUGGGCGGCUCUGGUCUGCAGGAGCCCGAGUGGGAUGUCGAGGUCUCGCUGAGCGAUCUGCAAAACAACGAGGCGACGCCGUUUCACUCAGCCACCAACUGGGAUGACCUUGGACUCUCCCCCGAUAUCCUCAAAGGCCUGCUCGCCCUCAACUUUCUCAAGCCGUCCAAGGUGCAGGGAAAGUCGCUGCCUCUGAUGCUGUCCGACCCCCCGAGAAACAUGCUGGCGCAGUCGCAGUCGGGCACGGGCAAGACGGCCGCGUUUGUGACGGCCAUUCUGUCGCGCGUCGACUUUAGCCAGCCCGAGGUGCCGCAGGCGCUCGCGCUCGCGCCCAGCCGUGAGCUCGCCCGCCAGAUCGAAGGCGUCAUCAAGGCGAUUGGCAGGUUCCUCCCCAACCUCAAGGUGGCCGCGGCCAUUCCCGGCGCGCUGCCCCGCGGCGAGCCCGUCCGCGCGGCCGUCAUUGUCGGCACGCCUGGCACGGUCAUGGACAUUAUCAGGCGGAAGCAGCUCAACGCUACGACGCUCAAGGUGCUGGUGCUCGACGAGGCCGACAACAUGCUGGAUCAGCAGGGUCUGGGUGACCAGUGCAUGCGCGUCAAGGGCAUGCUUCCCAAGAAUAUCCAGACGCUCCUGUUCUCCGCGACCUUUCCCGACAAGGUUAACAGCUACGCUGGAAAGUUUGCGCCGAACGCACACUCGCUGAAGUUGCAGCGAAGCGAACUGACGGUCAAGGGUAUUUCGCAAAUGUUCAUCGACUGCCCCGAUGACAAUACAAAGUACGAUGUGCUAUGCAAGCUGUACGGUCUGAUGACGAUUGGCCAAUCUGUCAUUUUUGUCAAGACGAGAGAAAGCGCCAACGAGAUUCAGCGCCGCAUGGUUGCCGACGGCCACAAGGUGUCUGCGCUGCACGCCGCGUUUGACGGCGGCGAGCGCGACGACCUUUUGACCAAGUUCCGGACGGGCGAGAACAAGGUGCUGAUUACGACGAACGUGCUGGCUCGCGGCAUCGACGUGUCGUCGGUGUCCAUGGUUAUCAACUAUGACAUUCCGAUGAAAGGACGCAACGACGAGGAGCCCGACUACGAGACGUAUCUGCACAGAAUCGGACGCACGGGCCGGUUCGGGCGGGUGGGCGUCAGCAUCAGCUUCGUCUACGACAAGAAGAGCUUUGACGCGCUGAGCAAGAUUGCGGACCAGUUUGGCAUCGACCUGGUGCACCUGGACACGGAGGACUGGGACGAGGCCGAGGCGCGGGUCAAGGAGGUGAUCAAGAAGAACCGGGCGCAGGCGAGCUACGCGCCAAGCGCGACGGACAAGCAGUCGCAACAGCCCCCGGCGCCGGCAGCCUAG